UAUCACGCGUAUUUUCUCACGCGCUCCAGAAUUCUGAUCAGCCAUGCUGUCGUUUACCGUUUUUGCUACCAUCCUCGCCAUUACCUACGGCCAUCUCUGCCUUUUCAGCCCUCCACAGCGGGGCACCAUGGAUGGCAUUGACAAAGCUGGUGCAACAGACUGCCUACUCCUCAGUGGACCUUGUGGGGGAAGAGCGAGAGGAUCAACUGGCACGAAAGUAACCGCAGGCCAGAAGCUGAGGGUCACUUUCCAGAAAAAUCUUGAUCACUGGAAUCAUACACCAGGGGAUUUCAAGAUAAAGAUCGGUGACGAAUCUGGACACUUGCAGACUUUGUCAACCAUCCGUGAUCAUGGUGAGCCAUCACUGUACGUUUACACAACGGAAGUGACCGUGCCAACAGGACUUCCGGCCCAAAGUGUCUUGCAAGUUAUCUACGAAACUAAAAACUCCAAUGCUCCUGCAGCCUUUUAUCAAUGUAGUGAUCUCAUCAUUGAAUGAGUGUGUGCUUGUCUUUAAUUGUAUGCCAUAUUUUCGCUAAUCUGUUCA